UUCCCAAAGUCUCUCUGGGAGUAGUGUUGGGGUUCAGGACUGCCAGGUGAAGAUCAGGGCUCAGAGACAGGAGACGGACCAACAGAGACAGGAUGACGACCGUGGCUCUGCUGCUGCUGCUUAUUUUUGCUUUUACAUCCACCAGUGCCAUACAGCGAAGAAGUCAGUUCACACGUUACCGCUCAUGGAACUCACGGAUGUAUCCUGUCUGGAAGGAUGGAGACCCGAGAUUCAGAAACUGUUGGUUUGGUGGUGAAGUAACCUUUGACCUUAAAAGUGAUGGACCCACUCUGACUGGUGCAAGAACAACCUUCAGUAUUAAUCUAAAUUUCCCGCCAAAUCAGACGACUCUCUCAGACGGUCAGGUGGUGUGGGCGCGUAACUGCACCAUCAACGGACAACAGUAUCAGGAGGGUCAGGCUGUGUAUCCAGAUAAGGACACUCAGCAGACGGGUCUUUUUCCAGACGGCACACCAUUCACCAGGAGCCAGAACAAGAAACCACACUAUGUGUUCGUUUGGAAGACAUGGGGGAGAUACUGGCAGGUGGCAGAUGGACCGUCCUCCUCCCUCACCAUCGGUACAGACAACGUCCCCCUGGGCUCUUACAACAUGGAGGUUGUCAUCUAUCACUGCCGCGGCAAAAACAAGUUCAUCCCUCUCGGCUAUGCCUCCUCAGUCUUCUCUGUCACAGAUCAGAUUCCCUUCAGCAUAUCACUUGCCCAAAUCAAUGACAUAAACCAGGACGACCAGAACUUCAUCCAAAACCGAGCCAUUGCUUUCAGUAUCAAGCUCCAUGAUCCCAGCCAGUAUCUUGGCAACGCCGACAUCAGCUUCAGCUGGGACUUUGGUGACAGCAGUGGGACGCUGAUCUCCAGAGAGCAAACUGUCACACACACAUACCUUGCUGUCGGGAACUUCAAGCCGCAGGUGGUGCUGAUGGCAAGUAUCCCUGGUGGCUGUGGAAACCCCACUGCUGCUCCAGCAGUAAUUGUGAUAGACCCCACCCCAGCAGCACCAGCUGAGGCAGGAGAUGCAAUUGCACUGGAUGUCUCUGCUUCUGAUGCCACCCCACUUGCUGCUUCUGUCCAGCCAGCCGACACAGCUGCAGAUACAGUUGAUGGAGAAGCAGUUGUUGAUGCAGAUGCAGAGGUAGUAGAGGUUGCCUCGGUAGCACCUGCAGGAGUUGAUGCAGCUGUUGUUACAGAAGAAGAAGAUGCUGCAGAAGUAGAUGUUGCUGCAGAGGAAACAGAUGCUACAGCAGGGGAGGCAGCCACUGCUGCCCCUGUUGCACCUGCAGCUGAAGAGCCAGAAGAUGCAGAGACAGCUGCAGUCGAUACAGCUGCUGCCGAUACAGCUGCUGCCGAUACAAUUGCUGCCGAUACAAUUGCCGCAGAUACUGCCACUGCCGAUACAGCCGCUGCCGAUGCAGUGGCUGUAGAUGCCGAUACAGCUGUUGCUGAUGAAGCUGCUGCAGAUACAGAUGCUGCAACAGCUGUCACUGAAGAAAAUGUGCCUGUGAUUGAUGCUGCUGUUGCAGAGGGAGACGAAACUGCAGUAGAGGUCACUGCUGGAGUCACUGUUGCUCCUGUGGCAGAAGAAACUGUCGAGCAAGAAGCUGAAGUUGUGGCUGCUGAUGCUGCAGCAGAGGUUGUCCCAGUUGAAACAGCAGACCCUGCUGAUAACGUUGUCGCUCCUGUUGCCACUGAGGCCACAGCUGUAGAAGAAGCAGCACCAGCAGAUGCUGCAGCUGAUACUGAGGCUGAAGUACAGGAAACUGAGAAUGAAGUUGUAGCUACUGUAGCUGCUGCAGAGAUACCAGCUGUUGAGGAAGAGGCGGCUCCAGGUGAAGGUGAAGUUCAAACUGAAGUGGAAGCAGAUCCAGCUCAAGUUGUUCUUGUUGUGGCUAAGAGACAAGCACCAGAGCUGGCAGCUGAUUGUAUGGUCUACCAUUAUGGCUCCCUUGCCACUUCAGUGGAUGUCGUCCAGGGUAUUGAAAGUGUAGAGAUCGUACAGGUGUCCAAUGUUGUGUCAAUGGUGACAGAGUUGGAUCAAAAUGCUGUGGACCUCACUAUCUCCUGUCAGGGAAGUCUCCCAAGUGAGGUGUGCACAGUCAUUUCAGAUGCUGACUGUAUCACACCAGUGGAAACCAUCUGUAAUGCAGCCACACCUUCUCCGGACUGUCAGAUGAUCCUUCGUCAGUUCUUCAAUGACUCUGGAGUGUUUUGCAUCAAUGUCUCCUUGACCAAUGAUGUCAGUCUUGCUGUGGCGAGUGCCAGAGUCAGUGUAACAGUAGCCUCUGGUGGUUCCCCAGCUGGAACAGCCGCCACUGUCCUGGGUGUUAUGGUUCUCGCCUGUGUCGUCUGUUGUAUUGGUUUGAUGUACAGACGGUUCAAGCAGUACCAGCCCCUCAGAGAAGACCAUAGUGGAGGCAGCUCGACAGUCACAUCUGUGCCUUUGUUGUUGUGGAACUUGUUGAGCCGACAGUCGCCAGGAGAAAGUCGUCCGCUGCUUCAGGGGAGGAUUGUGUGAAUAUCACCAGCCGCUCAUGCACUCAACAUCUACAACCCGUGCUAACAUAUCGGCUUUAUACACAUAAUACUCUUCUGUAGUAUUUUGUAACUCCCACUCAAUGUAAUGAACCAAAACCAGUUGGAGUGAACCAGACGUGUACAACACAUUUGCUGGAAUAGAAAGGAGUCACACGUGUAAUAAAAAGUUGUAAUAAAAAAUGUUGAAACAUUUUAGAGGAAAGUUAUAUUUAUUUUGACACUAAUAGUUUUAAGAUGCGAUAAGUCUUAUUUGAGGCCUACUUAUACUAAACCAAUUGGAGAAUCAGCAUUAACACAUUUCAGUUCUAUUUCUUUACAAUGAAAUUUAAAUCACGUGCACGGCAGAAUAAUUAUCAUGUUUGCUACCCUACAAUGAAUAAAGUGGAACUUUAUCACUAUCA